AUGGCUUUUGUCGAACCCACUAUUACCUCUACUGUUGCUUCUGCUGACUCGGCUAAAUCAGCUUGGGAUGUUUUUCAUACCACUUAUGCGAACAAAUCUCAAACCCGAGUCUUUAUUUUGCGUGAUCAGCUUGCCCGGGUCACUAAGGACUCUCGCUCCAUUACUGAAAAUCAUCACACUAUUUGGUCCUUCUCAGAUGAGUUAGCCACUGCUGGUGCUCCUUUUUCCAAUCCUGAACUCAUCGUCAAAAUACUCAGUGGUCUAGGUCCUGAAUUUCAUGAGAUCUCUACUGCCAUUCGUCCACGCGAUACAGCUAUAUCCUAUGAGGAACUGUUUGAAAAGCUACUGGACUUUGAACUCCUUAUUCGCCAUGAGGAUGCUAAGAAACUACCUAGUACCAUCACUUUUGCAGUUGCUACGCCCACCAAAUUCAACUCCAAUAAUCGCAAUAAUCAUAGACAAACCAACAACUCUCAACAAUGUAGCAAAUAUUUGCGUCCAAGCACUCCACCACAAUGGCAGUCCAAUUCCAAUCCAAACGGUGUUACUCUAUGUCAACUAUGUAACAGAAUUGGCCACACUGCCAAUGUUUGCCUCUCAAAGUCUCAUAAUCACUUUGAAGUGAAAGCCAACUAUGCUGCUGGGUUUACAGCGUACACCAACCCCUGGAUAGUUGACUCAGGAGCAACCCAUCACAUCACAACAGAGCCACACAACCUACAGCCAUACAGCGGUAACGAGGAUUCCUCCAUGGGUGAUGGUAACAAAAUUCCCAUCUCUCACACUGGUUCUACUAAAUGUUUUGACCCAAUUUCUGCAAAGGUCUACUUAUCCCGAGAUGUGCGAUUUGUUGAGGAUGUAUUUCCGUUUAAGACAUUGUUCUCCAAUACUACCAUUAAAUCAGCUCACCUAGAAUGGGCAAAAAUAACAAUGCCAAGUUCUUUGAACCCCACACCCAAAUUUCCCAUAGUUACUGAUCUACCAACUCUACUAGAAAUAGCAACAAGCAUAAUUAAAGAUUUCCUAUCACCGUCUGCUUUAUCUCCAGCCCAGUCCGGAGAUAACUCAAACUCACAGUCUUUAUCCAACAAUGCAUCAGCAGCGGACACAACAGAUUAA